AUGCUGCUACUGCCGCUGCUGGUGGCCCUGCUCUGGCGGAGGGAGGCAGCCAGGGGCCAGAUGGGGCCUGGGGAGAAUUACAAGCUGCAGCUGCCGGAGCUGGUGACGGUGGAGGAGGGCCUGUGCGUCCACGUGCCCUGCUCCUUCUCCUACCCCUGGAAUGUCUGGGGCAUCUUUACCUCAACUCUGGGCUACUGGUUUCGGGAAGGGGCUGCGACAUCCAAGGAUGCUCCCGUGGCUACAAACAACCCAGACCGAGAAGUGCAGGAGGAGACCCAGGGGCGAUUCCAUCUCCUCGGGGACACCCGGGCCUACAACUGCUCCUUGGAGAUCAGAGACGCCAGGAGGAGGGACAGCGGUUCCUACUUUUUUCGGAUGGAACGAGGAAAUGUGGAAAACAAUUACAGGUCUAACCAGCUCUCCUUGCAUGUGACAGCCCUCAACCACACACCUGACAUCCUCAUUUCGGGGACCCUGGUGUCCGGCCACCCCGGGAAUCUGACCUGCUCUGUGCCCUGGGCCUGUAAGCGGGGCACGCCCCCCAUCUUCUCCUGGAAGGGGGCCACCGUCUCUUCCCACGUUCUCACAAAAGCCCUCUCCUCGGUGCUCACUCUCACUCCACGGCCCCAGGACCACGGAACCACGCUCACCUGUCAGGUGACUUUGCCUGGAGCUGAAGUGACCACAAUGAGGGUCGUCCGCCUCAACGUGUCCUACCCACCACAGAACCUGACUGUGACUGUCUUCCAAGGAAACAGCACAGCAUCCAAAGCCCAGGAGAACGGAUCCUCUCUUUCAGUCCGGGAGGGCCAGUCCCUGCGCCUGGUCUGCGUCGUCGACAGCAACCCCCCCGCCAGGAUCAGCUGGGCCCGAGGGAGCCUGACCCUGAGCACCUCGCCGCCCAGCCACCCGGAAGUGCUGGAGCUGCCGCGGGUGCUCAUGGGAGACGAAGGGGAGUUCACCUGCCGAGCUCAGCACGCCCUGGGCUCCCAGCACGUCUCUCUGAGGGUCUCGCUGCAGAGGCGGUCCACACGCCCGGCAGACGCGGUCCUGGUGGCCAUCUGGGAAGCGGCUGUCAAGACCCUGCUCCUCCUCCUCCUCUGUCUCCUGGGCCUCCUAGUGAGGUGCUGCACAAGGACGUCAGCCAGACCGGCAGGGGGCGUGUCAGAGGCAAAAGAAAUCCACCUUUAACCCCUCAGCACAGCUCAUCUUGAAGCCCGUCUCCUCCGGUCCUGACCCUGGUCUUUCCAGCAGCCUCAUCUCUUCCCUGAGUCACUGAACCCACCCACCUCCUGCUUCCUCUCGCUGGGAAACACGGCCCUCGGGUCAGAGGACUCACCAGAGAUGGUUCCGUCCACUUCCCGCACAGUCGGAGCAGCUGUGUUUCCUCCCCACGCAGGGGACGGAGGGGCCCACACCGCAGGCUGGAUUCGAAGUCCUGGCCGGCUCUUCCCUGCUGACGCUCCACCCAGAGUUUCUGUUUCGGAUGAUGAAAGCAUUCUGGAAAUCGACAGUGAUGAUGGUUGCACUAACAUGGGGAUGUUCUUACUGCCACUUAGGUGAACAUGUUAUUGUUUAGUUGCUGAGUCAUGUCCAUUUUCUUCAACGCCAUGGACUGUAGCUGCCAGGCUCCUCUGACAAUGGGAUUCUCCAGGCAAGAAUACUGAAGUGGGGACCUUAACAGAACCAUCACAAGCAAAGAAAUCGAAACUGUAAUCAGAAAUCUUCCAGCAAACAAAAGCCCAGGACCAGAUGGAUUCAUAGCUGAAUUCUACCAAAAAUUUAGAGAAGAGCUAACACCUAUCUUACUGAAACUCUUCCAGAAAAUUGCAGAAGGUAAACUUCCAAACUCAUUCUAUGAGGCCACCAUCACCCUAAUUCCAAAACCAGACAAAGAUGCCACAAAAAAAGAAAACUACAGGCCAAUAUCACUGAUGAACAUAGAUGCAAAAAUCCUUAACAAAAUUCUAGCAAACAGAAUCCAACAACAUAUUAAAAAAAUCAUACAUCAUGACCAAGUGGGCUUUAUCCCAGGAAUGCAAGGAUUUUUUAAUAUCUGCAAAUCAAUCAAUGUAAUACACCACAUUAACAAAUUGAAAGAUAAAAACCAUAUGAUUAUCUCAAUAGAUGCAGAAAAAGCCUUUGACAAAAUUCAACAUCCAUUUAUGAUUAAAACUCUCCAAAAAGCAGGAACAGAAGGAACAUACCUCAACAUAAUAAAAGCUAUAUAUGACAAAUCCACAGCAAGCAUUACCCUCAAUGGUGAAAAAUUGAAAGCAUUUCCCCUGAAAUCAGGAACAAGACAAGGGUGCCCACUCUCACCACUACUAUUCAACAUAGUUUUGGAAGUUUUGGCCACAGCAAUCAGAGCAGAAAAAGAAGUAAAAGGAAUCCAUAUAGGAAAAGAAGAAGUGAAACUCUCUCUGUUUGCAGAUGACAUGAUCCUCUACAUAGAAAACCCUAAAGACUCUACCAGAAAAUUACUAGAGCUAAUCAACGAAUAUAGUAAAGUUUCAGGAUAUAAAAUUAACACACAGAAAUCCCUUGCAUUCCCAUACACUAACAAUGAGAAAACAGAAAGAGAAGUUAAGGAAACAAUACCAUUCACCAUUGCAACAAAAAUAAAAUACUUAGGAGUAUAUCUACCUAAAGAAGCAAAAGACCUAUACAUAGAAAACUAUAAAACACUGAUAAAUAAAUCAAAGAGGACACAAACAGAUGGAGAAACAUACCGUGUUCAUGGAUUGGAAGAAUCAAUAUUGUCAAAAUGACCAUAAUACCCAAAGCAAUCUAUAGAUUCAAUGCAAUCCCUAUCAAGCUACCAACGGUAUUUUUCACAGAACUAGAACAAAUAAUUUCACAAUUUGCAUGGAAAUACAAAAAACCUUGAAUAGCCAAAGUAAUCUUGAGAAAGAAGAAUGGAACUGGAGGAAUCAACCUGCCUGACUUCAGACUAUACUACAAAGCCACAGUCAUCAAGACAGUAUGGUACUGGCACAAAGACAGAAAUAUAGAUCAGUGGAACAGAACAGAAAGCCCAGAGAUAAAUCCACGAACCUAUGGACACCUUAUCUUCAACAAAGGAGGCAAGAAUAUACAAUGGAAAAAAGACAACCUCUUUAACAAGUGGUGCUGGGAAAACUGGUCAACCACUUGUAAAAGAAUGAAACUAAAACACUUUCUAACACCAUACACAAAAAUAAACUCAAAAUGGAUUAAAGAUCUAAAUGUAAGACCAGAAACUAAAACUCCUAGAGGAGAACAUAGGCAAAACACUCUCUGACAUAAAUCACAGCAGGAUCCUCUAUGACCCACCUCCCAGGAUAUUGGAAAUAAAAGCAAAACUAAACAAAUGGGACCUAAUGAAACUUAAAAGCUCUUGCACUACAAAGGAAACUAUAAGCAAGGUGAAAAGACAGCCCUCAGAUUGGGAGAAAAUAAUAGCAAAGGAAGCAACAGACAAAGGAUUAAUCUCAAAAAUAUACAAGCAACUCCUGCAGCUCAAUUCCAGAAAAAUAAAUGACCCAAUCAAAAAAUGGGCCAAAGAACUAAACAGACAUUUCUCCAAAGAAGACAUACAGAUGGCUAACAAACACAUGAAAAGAUGCUCAACAUCACUCAUUAUCAGAGAAAUGCAAAUCAAAACCACAAUGAGGUACCAUUACAGCCAUUCAGGAUGGCUGCUAUCCAAAUGUCUACAAGCAAUAAAUGCUGGAGAAGGUGUGGAGAAAAGGGAACCCUCUUACACUGUUGGUGGGAAUGCAAACUAGUACAGCCGCUAUGGAAAACAGUGUGGAGAUUUCUUAAAAAACUGGAAAUAGAACUGCCAUAUGACCCAGCAAUCCCACUUCUGGGCAUACACACUGAGGAAACCAGAUCUGAAAGAGACACGUGCACCCCAAUGUUCAUCGCAGCACUGUUUAUAAUAUCCAGGACAUGGAAGCAACCUAGAUGCCCAUCAGCAGACAAAUGGAUAAGGAAGCUGUGGUACAUAUACACCAUGGAAUAUUACUCAGCCGUUAAAAAGAAUUCAUUUGAAUCAGUUCUAAUGAGAUGGAUAAAACUGGAGCCCAUCAUACAGAGUGAAGUAAGCCAGAAACAUAAAGACCAAUACAGUAUACUAACGCAUAUAUAUAUGGAUUUUAGAAAGAUGGUAACGAUAACCCUAUAUGCAAAACAGAAAAAGAGACACAGAGUACAGAACAGACUUUUGGACUCUGUGGGAGGAGGCGAAGGUGGGAUGUUUAGAGAGAACAGCACUGAAACAUGUAUAUUAUCAAGGGUGAAACGGAUCACCAGCCCAGGUUGGAUGCAUGAGACGGGUGCUCGGGGCUGGUGCACUGGGAGGAC